CUCUCCCGACCUUCGAGUGAUCAAAAAGGUGAAAUGUUUUUUUCCUUUCUCAUCUCCUUUUCGCCUGUUUUACAGUUCGUAGUAUUCUGAUUACUCUAUACCCUCGAUUUGGCUCCAAGGAAGGGGGAAUUUGUGGUGGUUUGUGAAGUGAAGUUGAAAACGAAGCAUCAAUGGGUGAUGAGAAAGACGCCUUUUACGUGGUGCGGAAGGGGGACAUUGUUGGCAUCUACAAGAGUUUAAACGAUUGCCAAGCUCUGCUCGGAUCCUCCGUGAACAAUUCUUCUGUAAGCGUGUUUAAAGGGUAUCAUUUAUCUAAAGAGGCUGAGAUAUACCUUGCUGCUCAUGGACUUAAGAAUGCGAUUUAUUCUGUCGGUGCUCCUGCCGUGCAAGAUAGUCUUUUUGGCCAACUUGUUCCCUGCCCUUUUAAGCAACCAGCUUUUUCAGUUAGCAAGAAUUCUCCCGAAAAGAGGUUGCAGGAUGUAGUUGGAUCAACUUCAUUUUCUGGAAAUCCUCAGACAAAGCAUGUCAAGUUAGAUAACUUCCUUGAAGCUCCACCUAUUUCUUCUUAUUGUUGCUCCUGCAUUCUUGAGUUUGAUGGUGCGUCAAAGGGCAAUCCUGGUCUUGCUGGUGCAGGGGCUGUUCUGCGCUCAGUAGAUGGAAGUCUGGUCUAUCGAUUGCGCGAAGGUGUGGGUGUUGCAACUAAUAAUGUCGCUGAAUAUAGAGGUGUGAUUCUGGGAUUGAAAUAUGCUCUUUGGAAAGGGUAUAAACACAUUCGUGUCCAGGGAGACUCUAAACUAGUCUGUAUGCAGAUUCAGGGUCUGUGGAAGACCAAAAACCCAAACAUGGCUGAAUUGUGCAAGGUGGCUAAGGAGCUUAAGGAUAAAUUUGCAUCUUUCCAGAUUAGUCAUAUUGACAGGUCCCCAGUUUGUCCGUACAUGAUUAUGCAUCUUCUCUUUUCUUCUAUUCUUUCCCUUUUUUAAAGGAGAUUAACACCGAAGCUGAUGCUCAAGCAAACCUUGGUGUAUAUCUCAAAAAUGGUGAAGUUGAAGAGGAAUGUGACAAUAAAUAGUUCAAAUUCUUGGAAGCAGUAACCACUUUGUUUUGGGGUUUUGGCAAGUACCAGUGGUGGCAGACAUUUUUGGAGCCUUUCCGUCAUGUGGACCACACUCAUGUGUAUCUUCCUUCAGCUGAUCGAGCUCGAUGUCAAAAUAUGGGAUCCUCCAUGGGAACGACAAGUUCUCUUGUAAGCCACAAGGCUUUGUGCCUUACUAGUAAGUAUCGAAUUUAGUUUUGUACCAAGAGCUGGUAAUGGAGCUGCUCACUGGAUAGCAGGCCCCUCUGUUUACAGUUCUCUUCGUAGGGUGUUCAGACCACCACAUGCAUCGUGCACUAUUUUGCUUUCGGAUUGUGUAUUGUCACUCUCUUGUUUAAUGUAACCUGUCCUUGUCUUGAAAAUUGUUUGCACAAUGUAUCCAAGACAAUUUAUGAGAAUUGUC